UCUGUACGAAAAUUCGGCUUGUUAAGGAGGGUAGAUAGAAACUAAAAAAAGAGAAAAAAGAAAGGGAGGGAGGAAACGAACGCUCCAGUUUAACCAUAGCUUGUAGCGAGGUUGGAGCCGUCGGAAAGGGAGUUUGAUUCGCUGCGUAACGGACAUCGACGGAGCCAUCGGUUUUUGCUAGCCACCCCAAAAACGUCUGCAUCUGAAUAGCAGGUAAAUAUUCGACAACCAUGUCGGACGCAGACAAGUUCCUGUAUGUGGACCGCAACAUAGUGAACAACCCGCUGGCGCAGGCCGACUGGGCCUCCAAGAAGCUGGUGUGGGUGCCGUCGGAGCGUUUGGGCUUCGAGGCGGGCUCGAUCAAGGAGGAGCAUGGCGACGAGGCGAUGGUGGAGCUGGCCGACUCCGGCAAGAAGGUGCGCGUCAACAAGGAUGACAUCCAGAAGAUGAACCCGCCCAAGUUCAGCAAGGUGGAGGACAUGGCCGAGCUCACCUGUCUCAACGAGGCCUCCGUGCUGCAUAACCUGAAGGAGCGGUACUACUCCGGCCUCAUCUACACAUACUCUGGGCUGUUCUGUGUGGUGAUCAACCCUUACAAGAACCUGCCCAUCUACUCUGAAGAGAUCAUUGAGAUGUACAAGGGCAAGAAGCGUCAUGAGAUGCCCCCACACAUCUACGCCAUCACUGACACAGCCUACAGGAGUAUGAUGCAGGACCGUGAAGACCAGUCUAUUCUGUGCACAGGCGAGUCUGGAGCCGGCAAGACUGAGAACACCAAGAAGGUCAUUCAGUAUCUGGCUCACGUGGCCUCCUCCCACAAAACCAAGAAAGAUCAGAACAGCUCGGUCCUGUCACAUGGGGAGCUGGAGAAACAGCUGUUGCAGGCCAAUCCCAUCCUGGAGGCCUUUGGUAAUGCCAAGACAGUCAAGAACGACAACUCCUCCCGAUUUGGUAAAUUCAUCAGAAUCAACUUUGACGUCAAUGGAUAUAUCGUGGGAGCCAACAUUGAGACCUAUUUGCUGGAGAAGUCCCGUGCCAUCAGGCAGGCCAAGGACGAGAGGACCUUCCACAUCUUCUACUACAUGCUCACAGGAUCUGGAGACAAGCUCCGCACUGAACUGUGCCUCGAGGGCUACAACAACUACCGCUUCCUGUCCAAUGGCAACGUGACCAUCCCCGGCCAGAAUGACAAGGACAUCUUCAACGAGACCAUGGAGGCCAUGAGGAUCAUGGGAAUCCCUGAGGAUGAGCAGAUCGGUUUGCUGCGGGUCAUCUCAUCCGUGCUGCAGCUGGGCAACAUGUCCUUCAAGAAGGAGCGCCACACAGACCAGGCCUCCAUGCCAGACAACACGGCUGCGCAGAAGGUCUGCCACCUCAUGGGCAUGAACGUGACUGACUUCACCCGUGCCAUCCUGUCGCCCCGCAUCAAGGUGGGCCGCGACUACGUCCAGAAGGCCCAGACUCAGGAGCAGGCCGAGUUCGCUGUGGAGGCCCUGGCCAAGGCCACCUAUGAGAGGAUGUUCCGCUGGCUGGUCAUGCGCAUCAACAAGGCCCUGGACAAAACCAAGCGCCAGGGGGCCUCUUUCAUCGGCAUUCUGGACAUCGCCGGCUUUGAGAUCUUUGAUCUGAAUUCCUUUGAGCAGCUGUGCAUCAACUACACCAACGAAAAGCUGCAGCAGCUCUUCAACCACACCAUGUUCAUCCUGGAGCAGGAAGAGUACCAGAGGGAGGGCAUCGAGUGGAGCUUCAUCGACUUUGGCCUGGACCUGCAGCCCUGCAUCGACCUCAUUGAGAAGCCGGCCAGUCCCCCUGGUAUUUUGGCCCUGCUGGACGAGGAGUGUUGGUUCCCCAAGGCCACGGAUAAGAGCUUCGUGGAGAAGGUGCUGCAGGAACAGGGCACGCACCCCAAGUUCUUCAAGCCCAAGAAACUCAAGGACGAGGCCGACUUCAGCAUCAUCCACUAUGCUGGAAAGGUCGAUUACAAAGCGGUCGAGUGGCUGAUGAAGAACAUGGACCCCCUGAAUGACAAUGUUGCCUCUCUGCUCAACCAGUCGACAGACAAGUUUGUGUCGGAGCUCUGGAAGGAUGUGGAUCACAUUGUGGGACUGGACAAGGUGGCGGGUAUGUCCGAGCUGCCAGGUGCCUUCAAGACACGCAAGGGCAUGUUCCGCACGGUGGGCCAGCUCUACAAGGAGCAGCUGUCCAAGCUCAUGGCCACGCUCCGAAACACCAACCCCAACUUUGUGCGAUGCAUCAUCCCCAACCACGAGAAGAAGGCGGGUAAGCUGGAACCCUACCUGGUUCUGGACCAGCUGAGGUGCAAUGGUGUGCUGGAGGGAAUCCGUAUCUGCAGACAGGGCUUCCCCAACCGCAUCGUCUUCCAGGAGUUCAGGCAGAGAUAUGAAAUCCUCACUCCCAACUCCAUCCCCAAGGGCUUCAUGGAUGGCAAGCAGGCCUGUCUGCUUAUGAUCAAAGCCCUGGAGCUGGACCCCAACCUGUACCGUAUCGGUCAGAGUAAAGUGUUCUUCCGUGCCGGAGUGUUGGCCCAUCUGGAGGAGGAGAGGGACAUGAAAAUCACCGACGUCAUAAUCAGCUUCCAGGCCUGGUGCCGUGGUUUUGUGGCCCGCAAGGCAUUUGCUAAGAGGCAGCAACAGCUCACUGCUAUGAGGGUGAUUCAGAGGAACUGUGCUGCUUACCUCAAGCUGAGAAACUGGCAGUGGUGGAGACUUUUCACCAAGGUGAAGCCCCUGCUGCAGGUGAGCAGGCAGGAGGAGGAGAUCCAGGCCAAGGACGAUGAGCUGAAGAAGGUCAAGGAGAAACAGCAGAUGGCUGAGGUGCAGCUCCAGGAAUUGGAGAGCAAGCAGCAGCAGCUCAGUGCCGAGAAGAUGGCCCUGCAGGAGCAGCUGCAGGCCGAGAUGGACCUGUGUGCCGAGGCCGACGAGAUGCGCAACCGGCUGGUGGCCAAGAAGCAGGAGCUGGAGGAGAUCCUGCACGACCUGGAGGCGCGGGUGGAGGAGGAGGAGGAGCGCGCCACUCAGCUGAUGACCGAGAAGAAGAAGAUGCAGCAGAACAUCUCGGACCUGGAGAACCAGCUGGAUGAGGAGGAGGCUGCCAGGCAGAAGCUGCAGCUGGAGAAGGUGACCUUUGAGGCCAAGGUGAAGAAGAUGGAGGAAGAAGUCAUGGUCCUCGACGACCAGAACAACAAACUGAUCAAGGAGAAGAAGCUUAUGGAAGAGAGGAUCUCUGAGUUCACCACCAACCUUGCUGAGGAGGAGGAGAAGUCCAAGAGUCUGCAGAAACUAAAGAACAAGCACGAGGCCAUGAUCACUGAUCUGGAGGACCGCCUGCGCCGGGAGGAGAAAGGCCGUCAGGAGCUGGAGAAGAACCGGCGCAAGCUGGAGGGCGACUCCACCGAGCUGACUGACCAGAUCGCAGAGCUGCAGGCCCAGAUCGCUGAGCUCCGUGCCCAGCUGGCCAAGAAGGAAGAGGAGCUGCAGCAGGCUCUUGCCAGGAUUGAGGAGGAGGCUGCUCAGAAGAACAUGGCCCAGAAGAAGAUCCGUGAGCUGGAGGCCCAGCUGUCUGAGCUGCAGGAGGACCUGGAGCUGGAGAGGGCUGCCCGCACCAAAGCAGAGAAGCAGCGCCGCGACCUGGGCGAGGAGCUGGAAGCCCUCAAGACCGAGCUAGAGGAUACACUGGACUCUACCGCAGCCCAGCAGGAGCUCAGGACUAAGCGUGAGGCAGAGGUGACCCACCUGAAGAAGACCCUGGAUGACGAGGCCAAGGUGCACGAGGUCCAGGUGGCAGAGAUGAGGCAGAAACACAGCCAGGCAUUCGACGAACUCAAUGAACAGCUGGAGCAGGCUAAGAGGAACAAGGUCUCUAUGGAAAAGGCCAAGCAGGCCCUGGAGAGUGAGCGCAACGAGCUGCAGAUCGAGCUGCAGACGCUGAUGCAGGGCAAGGGCGACUCGGAGCACCGACGCAAGAAGGCCGAGGCCCAGGUGCAGGAGCUGCAGGUCAAGCACACCGAGAGUGAGAAGCAAAGGAUCGAGCUGGCCGAGAGGGUGGCCAAAAUGCAGGCGGAGCUGGACAACGUGAACGGACUCCUUAGCGAGGUUGAGGGCAAAUCUAUCAAGGCAUCCAAGGAUUGCUCCGCUGUGGAGUCUCAACUGCAGGAUGUUCAGGAACUGCUCCAGGAGGAGACGCGGCAGAAGCUGUCCUUCACCAGCCGUUUGCGGCAGCUGGAGGAUGAGCAGAACAACCUGAAGGAGCAGCUGGAGGAAGAGGAGGAGGCCAAGAGGAACGUGGAGAAGCAGCUGCUCUCAGCACAGAGCCAGCUGACAGAACUGAAG